GGUUGAUACUUGGGUUGGGCUGCUUGAUGGGCUUUUUAUCUAACUUUAGGCCCACUAUUCUCUGGUUUUUCUUUCCUUUUAGAGAUAGUUGACGUGUAUGGCAAGAAAUAUCUACAUAUAUAGCACCGCCUAGCAAAUCGCCUUGAAACACCUAGGCUCGACUAAGCUCGCCUAGGCUCUAGGCGGAGGGUCACCGCCUAGAAACCGCCUUAGCGCCUUUUUGAACAUUGAGCAAUCCAACUCCCCAAGGCAACAGUGUUAGCUGUAGUUACCUGAAAUUUUGAAUCCAGGCAUUCAGCCUCUGUAUGGGCUUGAGAGAGAAGAUAAUGGGCAGUGGUUGGUCUGAUGCUGCACUCAGCGUUGUUCACCCCCAUUCCCAGCAGCGUGUAUGUGAUGCUUCAUUCAGUGUCCAAACUGAAGCUACUUGCAUAGAGUACCUUGAACAUGUACUGAUUUUACUGAAGGGGGAUGGAAUAAUGUAUUUGCCCUCCUAUAUCAAAACCUAAGCUGUGACUAUCCUUGUUUCAAGUGAAAUCAUGGCUCGAAAAGGAAAUCAAAGCAAAAGUGGCCCCAAUCAUGCUUCACCUAACUGGCAAAGUACAGCUGAUGGCGAUAUACUAGAUACACCAGAAAGGGGCAGCGUGGAUAGUGGAAACCCGAGCUCACAUGUUCAAGGCAGAUCUAAGGGUUCUGAAGGAAGCAGCGAGAAGAAAGGAAGCAGCAGCAAAAAGAACAACAGAAUCAAUAGCAUGCCAUCUCUGGGAAAACAGCCACAAAUGGAUACCAAUUGGGAUAUAAGCAGUUCAGAAGAGAAUGAGCUUCCAUCAAGAGGUACUAAAAACAGGAGAGGUAACAAGAAGUUCUCACGGUGUGGUUUUGGAAAAAGUUUUUCAAUAGAGCAGACUUCAUUGCCUGGAUUGGCAGGAAGUGUUUUGGAAAAGACCAGGUGCAUGGCCUGUAUGGCUUCAUCCCUUUUUAGAGCUUCCAUGAUGUAUCUAGUAGAAGAAGGUAAAAGAUUCAUUGACAGGAAAAGGCCAACAAUCAACACUUACAUGGCUAUUGCGAACAAAGGGCGUGCCUAUGCCUUAAGCAAGAUCAAGUAUGUUUAUCCCAUAGUUCGAGCCUGGAUGCUUAAUGCUGGAAGGUUGAUGUUGCUCUUGUUGACGGUUUGGUUAGACUGCAAUGUAAGGGGUUUUGAUUCUUUGCUGCGAUUGGGGACAAACUCCCUCCUUGCAGUACUUUGGUGCAGCAUGCUGUCAAUUUUUGCAAUGAUUGGGAUGAAAAAAAUGCUCAUAUUCAUGGUGAUUGCUGCUUCUGCAGUUGCCUUCAUUGGUCUAGGUUUUGCCAUCCUACUUAUAUCAGUGCUUGCAGUGGUGAUUUUGUGGUUUUAUGGAAGCUUUUGGACAACAAGUGCUGUAAUAGUUCUUGGAGGUGCUUCCUUUUUCUUGAAACGUGAACGGAUAGCUCUCCUUGUUGCCUGUUUAUAUUCAAUAUAUUGUGCAAGAAGCUAUGUUGGAUGGCUUGGAUUACUUUUGAGCCUCAACCUAUCUUUUUUUUCUAGUGACGUUCUAGUGCAAUUUUUAAAGAACAAAGUAGACAAUAAGAAAUCUUCUGGUUCUUCAAGGAGCUCAGAGCAAAGCUCAGAUAGAUCAAGCAACAUCUUUGAAGAAUUUAAGCCAUCAGCAGAUGGUACCUCACAAGCUGGAUAUGCUCGAGCCUCAGAUCGAAACCCUGGUGAUCCUUCAACAAGUGGAUCUGAGAAAGAGCUAACUUCUGAAGAUGAAGUGGCCCGUUUACUGAACUGCACUGACCACUAUUCGGCAUUAGGUUUCCGUCGAUACGAGAACAUAGAUGUGUCAUCUCUUAAGAGAGAAUACAAGAAAAAGGCUAUGUUAGUCCAUCCUGAUAAGAAUAUGGGCAAUGAUAAAGCUGCUGAUGCAUUUAAAAAGCUUCAAAAUGCAUAUGAGGUUCUUCUUGAUUCGUUGAAACGAAAGACAUAUGAUGAUGAGUUGAGGAGGGAGGAGCUCUUGAAUUACUUCAGACGGUUUCAGAAUGUUUCUCAAAAGAAUGGAAGAAACAGUACUUUUCAACAUGGGUUCAGCCCUUCUGAAGGUGUCGAUGAAGGUCCUUAUGGUCUUUCAAGAAGAAUAGCCUGCAAAAAAUGUGGCGACUUCCAUCUUUGGAUUUAUACAGGAAGAGCUAAAUCUCAAGCUAGAUGGUGUCAGGACUGCAAGGAUUUUCAUCAAGCUAAAGAUGGCGAUGGAUGGGUUGAACAGUCCUUUCAACCUGUUUUAUUUGGCAUGCUGCAGAAGCUAGAUUUACCUCACGCCUAUGUUUGCGCAGAAAGCUACAUAUUUGAUGUCACUGAGUGGUUCAACUGUCAGGGAAUGAGAUGCCCAGCAAACACUCACAAGCCAAGCUUUCAUGUCAAUGCCAGCAUGGCAAAGCAGAGUAGUGGCAAAGGGAGCUCCUCUGCACAGAGGGGUGGUAAGGUCCCGAAUGGCGCAAACAUGGAUGGAGAACUCAACGAGGAAGAGUUCUUUGAGUGGUUCCAGAACGCUGUAAAUUCUGGCAUGUUCGAAACUACAUUUGGUGCACAAGGUGACCCGACUUCACCUGGUGGUGGAAGCAAUGGAAAGGGUGGCGGUAGUAGCAGUAGGAAAAAAAGAAAAGGAAAGAAACACUGGUAAGUGAUGCGAAGCAGGUUGGUUCUGGCGAUAACAACUGGGGGCAGAGAUGAAAAGGAAGCAGAAUAAAAAAAUUUGAUUAUGGAAUACAACUCUGAAAAGUUGGUCCCGACUUGAUGGUCGGCAACCUCGGAGCUCCACUGAAAAUGCCGGUUCCAACAUGUAAGAGUGUUGGCGGAUCAUUAAUCUAUCGCCGUGACCAUUGGGACCUUGCUUGUGACAUGUUGCGAAAAGCUACAAUUGAAAUGCAAAAUGCAUGUAUAUAUAUUAUUAAGAUUAUACUUCCUCCGUUCCAAUUGUAGACCAUUUUGUCAAAUCUAGAUAUAUAGUUAUUUCUACUCACACAGAUACAUACUAGGUCCGAAUACAUAGCAAAAACUAUGCAUUUAGAUUUGAUGGAACAAUCUACAAUUUGGAACGGAAGGAGUAUACGUUUAUGUGUGCAUAAAUUGCAGGUCAUACAACAUGAGCUGCAUUAUACUA